GGCGAGCUUGAUGAGCUUCGCCGCCAACUCAAGGAACUCAUAGAGAAGGGUUGGAUCCGGCCGAGUGUCUCUCCUUAAGGAUCUCCAGUACUAUUCGUACCUAAGAAGAAGGAGGGCACUCUCAGGAUGUGCAUUGACUAUAGGGGCCUCAAUGACAUCAUUGUGAAGAACAGAGGGUCCCUACUGCACAUCGACGAUCUGUUAGAUAGAGUGCAAGGGUGUAGGUACUUCAGUAAGAUAGAUCUGAAGUCCGAGUACCAUCAGAUUGCAAUCCGGCUCGAGGAUCAACACAAAACCGCAUUUCAGACCAGGUACGGUCUGUACGAGUUUGUGGUGAUGCCUUUUGGCCUUUGCAAUGCUCCUGGCACCUUUCAGCACGCUAUGAAUCGGAUAUUCCAUGACUACCUGGAUAAGUUUGUCGUCGUGUACCUCGAUGACAUACUUAUUUUUAGUAAGACUGUCGAGGAGCACGUUGCACACUUAGACAAAGUUCUCUGUCUCCUGCGACAACACAAGUUCAAGAUCAACGGUGAAAAGUGCGAGUUUGGCCGCACCCGUAUCUUGUACUUGGGUCAUGAGAUCUCCGCGGAAGGGUUGAAGCCCGAUGAUGCGAAGGUGGCCAAGGUGGCCAACAUUCGUGAUUGGCCACGAUCUCAAUCUGUGACUGAGCUGAGAUCUUUCUUAGGAAUGACCGGUUACUAUAGGACUUUCGUUAAGAACUAUAGCAUAGUGACCGCUCCUUUGACUGAUCUGACUCGCCUUGACACCCCGUGGGAGUGGACAAAUAAGUGCGAGGCUGCUUUCAGACAUCUGAAGCAUGCACUAACGCAUUAUGAAGUCUUGAAACUUCCCGAUCCUGAUAAGCCGUUUAUAGUAACCACGGAUGCUAGCCAAUAUGGCAUUGGCGCCGUGCUUGCGCAGCAGGAGGGGCCAAAGUUGAGGCCUGUGCCGUCUCAGAAGUUGGCUAAGUCCACCUAUGAGAAAAAACUCUAUGUGGUGUUCAAGGCGUUGACCCAUUGGAGACACUAUCUCCUUGGGAGGUUCUUAAUCCUCAGGACUAAUCAUCAGACCUUGAGAUGGAUGAGAACUCAGCCUGCACUCUCUGACGCAUUGAAGCGUUGGAUAGAAGUCAUUGAGCAGUAUGACUUUGACCCUCAGUACAUUAAGGGUGAGUACAACAAGGUUGCUGAUGCCUUGUCGCGUAGACCUGACUUCUCAGGUGCGCUGAUUACUGAGUACGAUCUUACGGAUGAUGUCACUCGAUCCUUGGUGGAAGCCUAUCGAGAGGACCAGUUUAUGUCUGAGAUCAUACGCAGACUCGAGGCAAAGGAUAAACAAACUUCAGCCGAGUUUGAGUUAGUCAAUGGCUUGCUGUUUCUCGAGAAGGAAGGGAAUAAACGUUUGUGUGUCCCUGAUAAAGAGUCUUUGCGUAGUUUGUUUUUAGGCGAGUGUCAUGACGCCACCGGCCAUUUUGGGUACAAGAAGACCGCAGCCAAUUUGCUGCAAAGAUUCUGGUGGCCCACGAUGUUAAAAGAUGCUAAGCUGUUGUUCAAAGAGAGCUGGGUGAGGGAUUUUGGAUUGCCUAAGUCUAUUGCAAGUGACAGGGAUGUCAGAUUUACAAGUGAGUUAUGGAAGGCCGCUGCAAAUGAACAGGGAACUCAACUGCAAAUGACUUCUGGAAACCAUCCAGAAGCAAACGGCCAGGCUGAACAAAUGAACCGCGCUGUUCAACACCUGUUGAGGCAUUACAUUAAGCCCAAUCAGGUGGACUGGGACGAAAAGCUUGCUCUUGUCGCCAGUCUGUACAAUAACGCUGUACACAGCGCUACCGGGAUUCCUUCACUUGGCGGUGCCAUGUGUGCAUGCACGUGGCAUUUCUUCUACAAUGCGGAGUCGUUGGAGAUCUUAGUCGCGACUCAGUCACUCCUUACUCUCAUCGGGAAUUGCACACUGUGGUUUGCGGCAUAUCGAAUCUUCAAACAAGCGCGGGCUGAAUGACAUCAUCAGCAGAUUCAGCACGCUGAUGAUUGAUCAGGAGGACAGGGGACCUACUACAAGCUUUCCCCCCCCCCCCAAAAUUUGUACUUUUCCAUGUUUGUGGAGGAGGGGGGAAAAGGAAAUGUACCGAGAAAAUUGAGAGACUACUAAAUUAGGAUUGUGGCAAUCGGGGUCAUCGUUUUAGGUUGCAGUUUAUGUGAAAAACCUGUCAUAUCGGAAAGACAAAGCAAAGAGGAGGUUCAAGCUUGUGGACUCAAUGUGGAGUGUUGGAGGGGAAACCCCUUAGGAUGGAUGACAGUGUGGCGGCCGUCGAUACGUGGCGUCAGGGACGCCAAUUUCUGAUGUACCAUGAUUGUUCUUUUUUUUCCGCUGUUUUUUUUUUUUUUUUUUUUUUUUUUUUAAACCCCUUUUUUUUUUUUUUUUUAAACUUUGAAGUUUUAACCUUUUUUUUUUUUUUUUUUCCUAAGUUGAUCUUUCUUCAAUACGUUCAAUUUGAAUUUGGUUCGACAACUGUGUGAUUAUCUUCUACUACUACUCCUACUACUACUUCAUGCCCAGGUGGGCACCCAGGCGUGUAUCCGGGGACAAGUUGGGUGCCCCGACAAACAACCUAGGGUAUUAAGUACUAUUAACACAAUUAUUAUAUUAUCUGUGGUUUGGUGAUCUUCUCUCUGGUUGAUUUCAAUAAACGUUCAUUAACUUG